UUUGAAGAUAGCCGGCUGAAAAUGGUAACUAAACAAUAACAGCGUUUUUCGUAGAUCGUAUUUGUCUUGAUAAUUGCUCACGACGAUCGUCAAUGGACAAUUAAAAAAAUCCACCGAAGAAAAUGGAAAACCAGGAGGUGUCGCCGAUCCGCGAAAGGGACGACAACCUGGAGUCCAUGAAAAAAUAUCCCCGGCACAGGCACUCGGUGGAAAUGAAGUUGGACUGCAUAAAACGUAUAGAGAAUGGAGAAACAAUGAAGUCCCUCUCCGAAGAGGUGGGGGUGGCUAGAUGUACGAUUCGUUCAUGGGUGAAGAACAAGGAGACCCUUCUAGUGCCUAAAGUUAUGAGGAUCAACAAACCCGAGGGUGAGCUUACGAUAAAGCAGGAGCCAGGGGUUUCAGAGCUCGAGAAUGGGACAGUCCACGACAUCAGUGGAAAUUCCAUUCCUCUGGGUGUCAAACCAAGGCCAAAACCCAGACCAAAACCGAAACCGAAAAUCGUAGGACCCAGAGAGCCCGAUAUUCCUCAGCUUGUCAAUAAUUCCUUGCUCAAGUGGUACGAGUACUGUCAGCAGAGGGGAAUCGCUGUGAGCCGAGCUAAUUUCGAGGAAAAAACGGAUUCGUACUUCAAAAAGCACGGAAUCGAAAAUUUCUACAUGACGAACGAGUGGUUGAUCAAGUGGUGCAAACAGCACGGUUUCCGAGUGCUCCCUGAGACCCUCGAGAGCAUUCCGAUAACCCAGAUAACUGACGGUGAUUUUCAGCGAGAGCUGAAAAACACUCUCGGGUGUACAGACUACCAGAAGUGCCAGGUAUUUAACUGCUCGGUUCUUUCCUGGAGCUACAAGUCGCUGCCUUUCUCCCUGGGUUACCAAGCGGAGAGAGAGCACCCACAAGAUGACUACAUGCGAGUAUUCUCCUUCUCCAAUGCCGACUUGAGCCUGAAGAUACCCCUAAUCUGCACUCUGAACUCUGGAAAAAAAAAAUACUGGAAGAACGAGUUCAAUUUGCCCCUGUACUCGACGGAAUCAGACGCCGAGAAACUGGACUCAACGGUUUUUGCUCACUGGCUGAACCAGGAGUUCUUCCAACACGUCAACAAAUUUUUCACCGAGAGAAAUGUCCCCCAGAAGGUGUUGCUGAUUCUGGAUAAGGAUAUUUUCGAAACACCAAAUCCGACCAUUGAUUUCAGUGGACUGAGGACAAUUGUCGUGUCCAAAACGUCGAGUUUUCUCGUCAGACCCUUUGACUCUGAACUCGUCACUCUCAUGAAGAACUGCAAGCGCUCUUUCCUGAAAAAGGUAAACACCAUGAUCCAGGAGAAUACCAGUCUCCCCUUGAUUCAGCAUCUGGAUAAUAUAAAUAACGGCCACUUCCUGGCGUGGGUGAAAAUGCAUUGGAAACGAGGACCCGACGGAAUCUCCGAGCUCACUGAUACUCAGCUGGUGAGAUCUCUCCCUGGAGGGAAAAUCCUCAGUCUCGAGACCAUCGAGCGAUGGUUCAGGAGGUGCCAGCCUGAAAUUAUCGAGAAAAAAGAGCUGCCCAGCGUCAUCAUCAAGAGUGAAAUCGAUCUCGACCCAAUCUCUGCUGAAGAGGCCAAGGAAUAUCUCGAUAAACUCAUCAGCUAUUUCAAUUUUCAUAAGAUGAUGGAGGAGCAGGAGAUGCUUGUGUUCAGCAAUGCCAGGCAACGUGUUACUGAGGUCCUGGAGGUGAAUCGAGUCGUCUGACGAGGAUCUGCCGAAGGGUUCAGCCAGGGGGAUUUCAUCCAAGUGAUAAAACGAGAUAAUUCAAAUGAUAGUCCUUAAAUAUCGAUUUAUCCCUUACUACUGAUUCUCAAAAAAUUCCGAAAAAUCUUCACUGGAAAUUUAAUCAGCUGUUUUAGAGGUGAAUCGAUCAUUACGAAAAAUGGAUUCGAAUUUUCUCAGUUUAAGGUUUCGUUAUUGAAUUGGGUCUGCGGAAUAGUAAAUACUCUGCGUAUUGCCUCUUCGCCGUGGCUGAGGGAAUAAAUUGAGGAUUUUUAAGACUUACGGAUGCAAUUCUACUGGAAUUUCACUGUCUUUUGCAUAAAAGAAAAAGCCCGAAGGUGAGAGAUUUCCAGUUGGAUGCCCUGAAAAAUGGUAUAACUGGUAUCUCACGUGCCAUAGAUCUAGGAUUUCAUUCACCACGAGUCCUAAUUUUUCUUUUGUAUUUUUAUAUUUCAGUAUAUAUAUUGUAUAUUGAUCUUCCUACCAGUGAGGAGAAAUAUUCAGGUAUUCUAAGUAGUUUUAAAGUGUGAGCGAAAUGAGAGAGCAACUUUCAUUUCUUCCAUCGUAUUCUUCCAGUGUUCAUCCGAGCGAUGGGUUUUUUCACUGUUGAUGAUGGGAGCUUUACGUUCAAUCAAUUUCAUGCAUCUACCUCAUUCGAACAAUCACCAAGCUCACCCCUGAUUUAUUUACCUUCCAGCCAUUUGGAACGUAAGCACUCGACUAUUUUCUCUGUUUUUAGCAGUUCUAGCUAUCGAAUUGUACUUUGGUUCUAUCGAUGUAGGAGUAAUGAGUGUAAUUAGGAGUUAUCAGGACACCAAGCUAUGAUAAGAAAAGUCGUUAAUAAAUCAAUUUAUGGAAA